GUGAAAGCUGUGGAAACCCAAAAAUAACCGCGUCCUCCCUUUCCCAGGAAAUUGAAAUACAAAUGGAUUGGUCUAAAUCAUUUGACAUUACAAAUCGGACGUACAUUUUUUUGAUCACAUAUGCUGCAGUAAGUGCGCUUUGGAUAGUGACGUCGCUGCUUGUUUUGGCUUCGGUGUGUGGACCAGUUACCAAGUUGGUGGCGGCGAUUUCAUUUUGGCCAUGGUUUUCGAUUGUAAUCGGAGGAUGUAUUCUUGAUGGCGUAGCAACUGGUUAUCACAUAUACGACCUUAUACACACAACGACGGUAGAAGAUACCAUUUACAUAUAUUGGAGCGAUACAACGAACGAUGAUUUGAUGGCUAUCUUAGAAAACUUCGAUGCCUAUUUCGUGACACCCGCUAUUGUGAUGACUUGCUUGAGCUCUCGUUUGGUGCUUAUAUGGCUGCUUAACAUNUUCGCGGGAUUUUGCCUNUCAUUAUCCCAUGUUCUGGCCAAAAAUAACUCCGUAUCAAUGACAGCCGAGUGUGUCUCAGAAGUUUCUGGAGAACGUCGUAAUUCUGGCGCCGCAAAUUUUGGAAAUACUGGAGUGCACAAUAAUUCACGGCUGCCUGUAGAACUAUCUAAGCAAGCCCACCCACAGGCACUACCAAACGAAGUGCUUCGUAGUUUAAAUACUUCACCAGAGUAUUCAACGUCCCCUGCGCCUGUUAUAGUUCGCCGACUUUCAACUGGUUCGACGACAAAUGACGUUGGACAAGAGAAGCCAAGUCAGAGCAAUAUAACUUAUCGCAAUACGGACACUCAUCCGGAUCGUCUUGACUACCCUGGCACGAAAUCGGGCCCUGUUUCCCCCAUUUCACCGCCAGGCGAAAUACAACAACUUUCAAUAGAGACACCGUUAAAUAGUCGGUAUACAAACGCUGAUCUUUCGCAGUUAUCAAAUCACCGUGUAACCGCGGAGCUACGGAGCCAGCUCCCAUGGUCAUAUACGAACAUGCUGGGAAACCCGCAAGUCCCACCCAAGCCCCAAAAGCCACAGUAUCCGGAGAUUCCAGUGCCGGACUAUACAACAUAAAAAAUUAUGUUUUAAUAUAAAUUUCUAACUCUUGUAAAUAAAAAAAAUUAAA